CUAAUAUUUAUAUCUUUCAAAUAAGUUUUUAAUACGAUUCAUAAAGUGAAGACGUGAUCAGUUACGGGAAGAGAAGAUCAAACAGUAAAAGUCAUUCAAUCAAUACGCAUAAUCAGCAGGCGUCUCCUUUUUUGAAACGUCUCCCGGCCGUAAUUUGUAAUCUUUAUGCUUCUCGGCUGGACCUAUUUUUGUCAGGCAAGGAUUCGUUGAUAAGUUCCCGACCGAAUGGCCUCAGUCUAUAGAUCAUAUAGUCGAAAUAAAACAUAUUCCGGGCCUGAACAUAGUGAAAAGAAACGGCAUAGUUGGACCAAGCGAAAGUUCCCUGUGAUUUUUGCAUUGUUAGGAAAUUUAAGGUUUCAGAUUUGUCAAGUAUGUACGAACGUCUUGUCCCCUGUAGGAAUUCGAUCUAGCCUGCGGAUCUAUUAGGUACAUCCGUCGUCGUCCCUUGAAGUCCCUUGAGUUCCCCGCCACGACUUCGACCUUCUCCAGGCACUCCUUUAGCUUGCCCAUUGUGGCUCCCGUGUCCGUGGGCUCACACAGCUUUGGAUUGGGCAGGGACAGUUCUACAAAGCGACGCAGAGCGGCCCGACUCAUCACAAUGCCUGGGGACCCGAAAUAUAUGGGCAUCGCCGAGCUAUACGGAUACAGCAUGUGGCGCAGGUUCUCCAUUACCACAUAGGUCUCGGCAUCUGCCUCCAGAAACCAAUCGGCCUCGUCCAAAUGAAAAUCGUAGAUAUACUUCAGGGCCUGUUUCGUUUUCCUCCACGUCUCUAUGCGGUUGCCAUUGCCAGGCAGACUGACAGCUCCCAUUUCGGUAUCUUCCUUGUCGCUCAUGAACACCAGCUUAUUGCACCUCUUUCCCCAGGUCCGAAACACUCCCGUGGCUUGCAAAUGGUGUUGGCUUGACUUCGUAUAUACGAAACACAAGACUCGCACCUCCUCAUACAGAUCUACAUCGAUUUUACUCGUGAUGUUUACCGUGCGAUUCGGUCGGUAACUAAAGGGAAUCAUCGGCCAGAGUAGCACUUGAGUUAUCAGAUAGCCAAUGCCAAUGCCCAGGAACAGGAAUAGCACUGGACCAGAAAAUGUGGAUGAAAGAUGAUGGCUGUUACGCUCUGGAAAAAGCGAUUUCUCAGCUGCCAUCUCUUCGGGUCUAAGGUUGGGGUAGUACUAAGAGUCUGCUAGCCCCACAGUGUGUGAUCUGUAAUAAAAUUUCAAGCACAUUAGUUACGCCUUAACCUGAUCACGAUGCUGAAUAACUAUUACAAUCUUUCGGCUCUCUAGUCCAAAACCCCAACACCAAUCCCUUUAAUGUUAAAGUAGAUUAAAAUUUUGCGUGAAGUUGGUGUUGGCGGAUUUUAUAAUAAAGAAUUCAAUUACUGAUCGCAACCAAGUCGAAUAAAACUCGCAACUUAGAUCAACGCAUUAGCCGACACGCAUUAGAAUGGCGGAACAUGUAAAGUAUCUGGACGAUCCCUAUAAAUCGGAGAACGACAAGAAAAUUUACAAGUCCAUUGAGCUGAACAAUGGGCUUCGAGCUUUGAUCGUCUCGGUACCAACGCUCAACAUUGGAUUAGUGCCCCAUAGCGCCACCUGUGCCUUGAUGGUCGACCACGGUCCAUUCGCCGAUCCGCGCAGCUAUCAGGGUCUGGCCCACUUUCUGGAGCAUAUGAUCUUCAUGGGCAGCAAACCGGACUCCGAGGAGAACGUCUUCUUUGCGCACGUGAAAAAAAACGGCGGGGAAUGCUCGUCGUCAAUCUUGAGCGAGGACACGCUGUUCUCCUUUAAGGAUCCGUUGAUGCUGCAGGACACCAUGGAACGUGGACGCGUUAUCGUGGACUCGGAGUUUCAGCAGGUGGCCACAAAAGAUAGUAACCGUCGCAAUCAGCUGCUCGCCAGCCUGGCCACCGAAGGCUAUCCACAUGGAUCCUUCAACUGGGGUAACAUGAAAUCGCUUAAGGACAACGUCGCUGACGACAAUGCCCUGCACAAAGCGCUCCACGAUGCCUGGCGCGACAACUACGCGGCCAAUCGCAUGUACGUGUGCCUGCAGGGUUCUCUGUCGAUCGACGUGCUGGAGAGCAUGGUGGUACGCCACUUUUCCAAACUGCGCCGCAAUGACAUCAAGGCGCCCGACCUGACCAAGUUCGAUUACCGCAACGCCUUCCGUCCGGCGUUCCAUGAGCAAGUCUUCCUCGUCGAGGCCGUGGAGAAAUGGUGCAAGUUGGAGCUGACCUGGGUGCUACCCAGUAUGCGUCCGCACUAUCACAGCAAUCCAGAUAAGUUUCUCUCCAACCUGAUCGGGUACAAGGGAGACGGUAGUCUCCUCGCCUACCUGGAGCGUCGCCACUGGGCCUGUCAUCUCGACGUUGGCAUAGACGAGACAGUCUUCAAUCACCACUCGAUGCACGCCUUUUUCAAAGUGAACAUUGGCAUCAACAACGAGGGAUUCAAGCACAUCGAUGAGGUGCUGUUUGCCACCUUUGCCUAUUUGCAGAUCUUCUCCAACUGCGUCAACGGUUCCUUGCAUCAGUUGUACGAAGAGCAGCAGAAGAGUAAGGCCGCAGAAUUCCGUCUCCCGGAUCGUCUCUAUCGCUAUGAUGUCGAUGAAUUGGUCUUCAGAAGCAAAUAUUAUCCCCCAAAGGAUGUACUCACCGCCAGGAAGCUCACCUACGACACCGACGAGCAGCAUCUGUCCGAACUGAUCGGGAUCCUCAACAGUUUCAAAUUCAAUCUAAUGAUUACCUCGCAAAAGCCGUACAAGGGCAUACCCUACGACAAGCAGGAGGAGUGGUUCGGCACCAAAUACACCACUAUACCCAUGCCAGCAAAGUGGAAGGAGCUGUGGCUAAAAUCCAAAUCGAAACGCAUUGCUGAGCUCUUUCUGCCCGAAGCCAAUCCCUUUGUGGCCCACGACUUCACGCUGUUCUGGAAUGAGCAGGGCAAGCCCAAGUUGCCGCCUUACCCCAAAAGGUUGGUCAAGACCGACACCUGCGAGCUGUGGUUCCGACAGGAUGACAAAUUUGGGAAGCCCCAGGCCUACCUAUGCUUCUUUUUUAUCACGCCGCUGCUGCGUCAGAGCGCGAAGAAUGCUGCUAUGUGCGACUUGUACGUUUCAUUGGUGCAGGUGCACGUGCAAAAGGAACUGGAACUCGCCCAAAAGGCCAAUCUGAACUGCCGAUUCAUGGUUGACGACAAUGGUUUGAGGCUAUUUGUGAGCGGCUACAAUGAAAAGCUCCAUCUGAUUGUGGAGGCCAUUGCCGAAGGCAUGGUCAAUGUGGGCGCCACCCUCUUUGAAGGUCUACUGACCGCCUACCGCCAGAUUCAGGGCGAGUCCUACUUGAAAAGUCUGAACUAUUUAUCCGGCGUCAGCAGUGACAUCUUCUGCCGUGUGCUGGGAGAAAAGCCAUGGGCGACGAAGGACAUGUACAAGUCCCUUGAUGGCAUCACUCUGGAGGAUAUGAAGGCAUUUGCCCAGAAGCUGCCGCAGGAGCUGUACAUCAAGGCCCUCAUACAGGGAAACUACACGGAGGAGGCAGCCCACAAGGUGCUCAAUGCGGUCCUUAGCCGACUAAAAUGCGAGGCCAUUAGGGAUCAUCGGCUCGUGGAGAGUCGCAUCGUGAAGCUUCCGCAGGGCGGCCGCGUCAUCUACUGUGACGCCCCAGGCGAGCACAUUACAACCACAAAUGUCACGAACUACUACCAAUUCGGAGCGAACUCUUUACUCGUGGAGGUCAUACUCGACCUCAUGAGUGGGAACUUCAAUACCCCUCACUUCUAUACAGAGAAACUAGUUGGUGGAGAAGUGGAGGGCUGGGUUAACGUCAACAACGGCAUUAUCGGCUACUACCUUACGGCAGACUUGGAGGAGACUGCUGCAGGAGAGAGUGCCAAAGAACUGGAGAAAGACAUCGAAGUAUUUUUCCGCCAGGGUUGGUAUUUUUUCGAUGUAAUAGAUGACAAGACCUAUGCGCACAUAAAAGAGCAGCUUAUCGAUAUAUGCCUUGCCCCUUCCCGUACUCUGUUGGAUGAGCGGAUGUGA